GCCGAGGACCGGCCCAGUGCCCGGUGUUGGCAGAGCCUCCAUCCUGCUCCCAGCUGCAGGAGGACAUGGCGGGGCAGAUCUAACGGAGUCCCAGGAGCAGCCAGCUCAGGGUAGAGCAGUGCCUGCCAUGGAUGAGGAUAAGCUCCCAUCUGUACUGCCUGGGGAAGAUGGUGCCACCCGGGACCCCAGCCUGGAGCCCGCGGAGGAGCCCCCAGUCCAGAAUGGAAUGGCGGCCAGCGAGGACCUGAAUAGUAGCCACAACAGCCCAGGGCGUGAGAUGAGGGGCACCCUGGUGGACACUGAGGAGCCCACAAAGGGCCCGGACAUGGCCCUCCAUGGCCUCAGCCUUGGCCUCUCCCUCACCAACGGUCUAGUCCUGGGGCCGGACUCGAACAUUCUUGGUGAUUCCACGGGGUCCAGGCCCUGGGGGGCGGGCGGGCUAGCAGAAGGAGAAGAUGCCUCUCGGAGCUUUUGUCCAGACACUGAGGACCUUCAACCAGGGCUGGGUGGCCCUGGAGAGCCAGAUGUCCGGGACGGCUUCAGUGCCACGUUUGAGAAGAUUGUGGAGUCGGAACUGCUACGGGGCACCCAGUACAGCAGCCUCGACUCCCUAGACGUGCUGAGCCUCACGGACGAGAGCGACAGCUGUGUCAGCUUCGAGGCUCCCCUUACACCCCUCAUCCAGCAGCGGGCCCGUGACAGCCCUGAGCCAGGGAGUUCUGUGGGCCUUGGGGACAUGGGGCCCGCAGGGGACAUGGGAGCAGCCGGCGGUGAUGGGGAGCUGGGCAGCCCCCUGCGGCGUUCCAUCUCCAGCAGCCGCUCAGAGAACGUCCUGAGCUGCCUGUCUCUCACGGCCGUGCCCAAUGGCUUCCAUGAAGAUGGACUCCAGGGCCCAGGCGGGGAUGAGGAGGAGGAAGAGGAGGAGGACACGGACAAGCUGCUGAACUCGGCCAGUGACCCCAGCCUCAAGGAUGGCCUGUCCGACUCGGACUCAGAGCUGAGCAGCUCGGAGGGGCUGGAGCCUGGCAGCACAGAUGCGCUGGCCAACGGGUGCCAGGGCGUCAGCGAAGCUGCUCGGCGGCUGGCUCGCCGCCUCUACCACCUCGAGGGCUUCCAGCGCUGUGACGUCGCCCGGCAGCUGGGCAAGAACAACGAGUUCAGCAGGCUGGUGGCCGGGGAGUACCUCAGCUUCUUCGACUUCUCAGGCCUAACUCUGGACAGAGCGCUCAGAACCUUCCUGAAGGCCUUCCCGCUGAUGGGGGAGACACAGGAGCGAGAGCGGGUCCUCACUCACUUCUCCCGCCGGUACUGCCAGUGCAACCCCGAUGACAGCACCUCGGAAGAUGGGAUCCACACGCUCACCUGUGCCCUGAUGCUGCUCAACACGGACCUGCAUGGACAUAACAUUGGCAAGAAGAUGUCCUGCCAGCAAUUCAUUGCCAACUUGGACCACCUGAAUGAUGGCCAAGACUUUGCCAAAGACCUGCUGAAGGCCCUUUACAACUCCAUCAAGAAUGAAAAGCUGGAAUGGGCCAUUGACGAGGAUGAGCUGAGGAAGUCACUGUCUGAGCUGGUGGAUGACAAGUUUGGGACCGGCACAAAGAAGGUGACACGGAUCCUGGAUGGUGGCAACCCCUUCCUGGACGUCCCACAGGCUCUCAGCGCUACCACCUACAAGCAUGGUGUGCUGACCCGGAAGACCCACGCGGACAUGGAUGGCAAGAGGACGCCCCGUGGGAGGCGUGGCUGGAAGAAAUUCUAUGCGGUGCUCAAAGGGACCAUCCUGUACCUGCAGAAGGAUGAGUACAGGCCUGACAAAGCUCUGUCUGAGGGUGACUUGAAGAACGCCAUCCGCGUGCACCAUGCUCUGGCCACCCAGGCCUCUGACUACAGCAAGAAGUCCAACGUGCUCAAGCUGAAGACGGCUGACUGGAGGGUCUUCCUGUUCCAGGCACCGAGCAAAGAAGAAAUGCUGUCCUGGAUCCUUAGGAUCAACCUGGUGGCCGCCAUCUUCUCAGCCCCGGCCUUCCCAGCUGCUGUCAGCUCCAUGAAGAAGUUCUGUCGGCCCCUGCUGCCCUCCUGCACCACUCGCCUCUGCCAGGAGGAGCAGCUGCGUUCUCAUGAGAAUAAGUUGAGGCAGGUGGCGGCAGAGCUGGCUGAGCACCAGUGUCGCCCAGUGGAGCGGGGCCACAAGUCCAAGGAGGCGGAGGAGAGCCGGCUGAAGGAGCACUAUCUCACAUUUGAGAAAAGCCGUUAUGAGGCCUAUAUCCACCUCCUGGCUGAGAAAAUCAAAGUGGGCUCAGAUGACCUGGAGCGGAUUGAGGCCCGGCUGGCCCCCCUGGAAGGGGACGACCCUUCCCUCCGCAAGACACACUCGAGCCCUGCCCUCAGCCAGGGCCAUGGAACUGUGACUGGCAGCAAAGCCACGAAGGAUACCACUGGACCUGAGACUUAGCUGCACGGAUGAGCAGGCCCCAGAAGCAGGCAGAUGCCCCGAGAGGGGUCAGAGAGCACAAUUCCAGCCACAGGCCAAUUGGGCCAGCUCCAGGCAGUUGAUGGGCAGCCAUAGGGGUGUGGAGAGCCCCAUGAGCCAAGGAGUUGGAGAUGCUAUCCAUGGCAUUGAUUUUGUAUUCUAGGGCUUUUCUGGGCCUCAGACCCUCUCCUCAGCCCUUGCAUCCCUGUCCACCACGGAGCCUCAUGUUGUAGGCCUGUUGUGUGCAUGCUCUAUAUACCAUCUCACUGGUGAAGCGGAAGGGCAGUGGACUUCCCAGGCCUUCGUCUUCUCACAACUUCUUCCCUCAUCUCCCUUGUUUCGAAGGGCAGGCCUGGACUCCAGGUCUCAGCUUGGACCCCCACCCUUUUUCCUUCUCCUUCCUCUGAGUUGAGCAGCAGCAGGUCUGCAGACCACCAGCACUAUCCUCCCUUCCUCUACACAGCAGCCUCUGGAAACACACCCCAUUCUCCCGCUCACAUUGCAAUAAUCAAGGACCCGGGUCUGUUCCUCCGAGCUGAGCUGUCUCCACUCAUGUGUGCGUCCAUCUCACCUUCCAUCCAUUGAGGCCACUGCUGCUUUCUUUUAUACGGACACAAGUAUAUAGAUACAGGAAUUACAUAUCUAUAUAAGAACCCCCUUUAAAGAUGGUUUUGGAACUGAUAUCAAUUAAAAUAAGAUGAAGGAAAAGCCCAUUUCAGGGCUGCUAUCUGGCCCCCUGGUGGCCCUGACACUCUGGAAGGAAAGGUGGAAAUAGUAUUGACCUCCUCUCACUCCAUUUCCCCGCCUCUUCCGGCUGACCUGUGACUUACAUGGCUCUAACAGUUGAUGUUUUGGAAUAAAUAGGCAGUGUGUGUGUGCCACCCUACCUGUCCCACAGGCAUCAUGGUGUGUGAGUGGGGCGGGGCCGUGGCUCUGUUUAUUUUUUGGUCUUUAUGUUGGUGCUGCCAGGUCUCUGUGCUCCAGAGAUGGCCUCUCGUUCAGAUCUACUGUUACAGGAAUAAAAGACAAUCUGCCUUGCAAACAGCCACUUGUCAACAAGCUGGAAGACAUUUGAUGGGGGAAAGGUUGUGGAAACUGUUCAUCCUUGGUCUUGGGAAAAGGUGGAAUGACAAGUUGCUGGUUGUUUUUUAAGUUGGUAUUUCUUUCACUGUUGUAGUGACUCAGGAAUGCUAGCUAAGGACAUGUUUGGGAAGAAAGAGAAAUUUGCCACAUGAUGAUCACAGACUAGCAUCCUUUAAACCCUGAGUCCUUCAGGCUGACAAGUGGUGGGGGUGAUGACACCCUCAGUGCAGCGAUGAUGAGUAAAUCCUUUCUAUUUUUUAAAUAAUGUAGUUGGGCCAGCAAUUUGAUCUCAGUGGUAACAUAUUUAGUUAAUAAGUCAACCUUGCAACUAAGUACCCAACAUUUACAAGUCCACUCAUAUUUGAUGCGAGGGAUUUGUGAAUCUGUGGAGAGAUGUAGUGAUUUAAAUCCAGAUGAUUUCAUUUGGAUUGUGUGAAAAUGGUGGCGGCGUAGGUGGAAGCUACAAUGACAGUCUCCCAGGACCAAACUGGAAAUACAACUAAAAUACAGAAGCACCACCCUGAAAAAUCAACUGAGGACGAGCUGGAGAGAACCCCGAUAACCAAGGACAGAAAGCAGAUUAUUUAAUUUGGAUCAGCUGAAGUGUAUUUCUAAUCAAACCAUCGGGCCCUUCAUUUUGCUGAGGAUAACUAAGUGCUCAUUUAAGUGAAAUUGAAAGAACAGUGUGGCAACAUAAAGAGCUCUCUGUGCUUUCUCCAUGCUGUCUCAAAGGUCUUUUGAUUUGGGGGGUCAGCUUCCCACAAUCCACCUUCUGAGGGCAGGUGAGUGAAAACAGAGGCGCAAGCCCUGUCUGUUGCAGACAGAUGCACUUCCCUGAGCACUUGUUGUGCCUCCGAUCAGUAAAAAACAUUUUUUAGCUCACUUUCUUAAUUGUAUAAUUAUUUAUUGUAAAUUAUAUACAUGUUCUACUGUACUAAAAUAUUAUGUACAUUAUAAAACAUACACAAAAAUAGAAAUUUAAAAAAGAUGAGAUGAAAAUAAAUGUAAAUCAAAGUUCUAA